AUGGUGCCGAAAAUUGCCGAACUGUGGCCACGGCCCGCGAGCGAGGCCUCGUCUUCAUCGUUCUGGCUCGAUGACUACUGGAACGCGGCCGUGGCAGACUGUGACGACCCAGACGAGGACGACGAUUUCACCUUCUUUCCUAGGCAAACGGAUGACCAGCCGUAUCACAAGCAAAACAACUUAGUGCUGCCUCCAACGUGGCUGCCCGGCGUCCUUGACGAUGACGGUGUUGAGCCCGUACCAUGGCCGACAACAUCACGCCAGUCUCGUCUUUCCUGUCAUUCUUCGUCGUUUCACUACCUGACAGCCCAGCAAAAGGCCGCCCAAGUAGCGCUGCGCGACGAGCGACUACAUUGGACCGAAGCGAUUCCCGGAGAGCCGCAAGUCAUGUGUCAGUACCAACGGCAAUAUCAACUCCGUCUCCAUCAGCAGCAGCUGCAGCAGCAGCCACAACUAAAUCCACCGGUUGUUGCGCCUCCCUCUACUACCGCUCCUGCAGUGACAAAGACCUUCAAGCCCAUGCAGAUGGUCUUCCGCGAGCAUCGGCGGACCUCGGCUAGUAGCACGGGCACGAGCAACAGCGGCGGAACAGGCACCGGGACAGCCACCACGGCGAUGACGGCUGCGACAACAGAUACGGCGUUUCGUGAUGCUAUCAUGCACCAGCAGACACCCGCAGCAACUAUCGUUGCCACUGCUCGACGCGGGUCAUCGUCAUCAGCCUCGCAGUAUCCCCAAUUCCGGCCGCCCCUGUCUUCAUCGCCGUCACCCCCGUCUGCGGCCUCAAUGGCGUCCUUGGAUGGAAGCGCCCCCGUCCUUCCGCUGGAAGAACAGGUCUUCCGUCGCCAGCAGGGCAUCAGUCUCAACUACCGCGGCGACAUCCGCAACCCACACAACCGCGGCGACCACGUCCCCGCCCACCUCAAUACCUCGCUCUUUCUGAUGGGCCUGCCGCCGCAGGCUACCGUGGGUGACCUCCUGCACGCCGUUGCUGCCCUGGGCCCCACGGGCCGCGUCUAUGCCGCCUCUGUCAAUCCGUCCGACCCGGCCCGCCGCCUGCCACUGGCCGCCGCCAAGAUUUCCUUUUUCACGCGCCAGCAGGCCGAGCGGCUCAAGGCCCUCAUCGACGCGCAGCAGCUCGUCCUGUUGGACUCGAGAACUGCGGGCGCCGCUCACCCGAGUGCGGGGGGUGGUGGUGGCCGCCCCUUCCCCAUCCGCUGCGCGUGGAACCGCGACAAGAAGCCGCCGCGGCAGUGCGUACAGGCGAGUGAGUGUCGCGUGCUGCGGAUCCGGGGCCCUGCAGACGUCGUCAACUUUGAGGCGCUGGCCGCGUACUUUGACGAAAAGUUCCGGUACGAGCUGCAGGACGUGCGUGUCGUGCCAAGCCCGGCUGCAAACGGCGACAGCAGCAGCAGCAGGGGCAGCAGCAGCAGUAGUGGUUCCAGAAGCAAUCGUCCGUCGAGCGGUGGCGCGUUGGGCGACGAGCAGACAAUGGAGUGGCGCUUUGCGAGUUUCCAGAGCCAGGCCAUUGCAGCCAAAAUGGCGCUCAACCAGGAGCGCAAGAUGGUGCGCGUCGAGUACGGGCGGGAUCCGUGCGAAUGGGGCGAAUGUUCAUAA